GCCUAGUAACCAUGGUGAGUUAGUCAACAUUCUAGUGCGACAAACAAGGGGAUACAAUUCGGCUGCAAGAGCAUGUGUUUAUCAUCCUCAACAUUGUAACAUUUCGAGCUUUUAUAAUGCCACGAACGAGAGAUCCCUUUCCUUUUCCUAAAACUGAGAACGACUACUCAUUGACUGGGGCAAGGCAAUGUCAGAAAGAGCCAUUUGAUAAACCAACUCACAUAGCUCAAAAUGACGAACCGUGGAGUCGUCUAAAUGACAGGGCUACUCUAGCCAGCAUUAGGAGGAAUGUCCGGUACCAUGACCGGCAGGCACCUAAAGACAGCCUAGACUUCCAUUUGAAAUCAACCUAUGACCACCACCAAGAGUUCCUCAGUAGUAAGAACCAGACCUUAUACCAGAGGGAGACUUUUACUGACGACCAUGGGAGGACUCUGAAGAACCGUGGAAAACAUGAAGCGCCCUUGUGUGAAACCAAGACAGAAGUUAAAGUAUGGCUAAACUCACAGAAGUCUUCCAUCUACAGCAUUGAGGGAACAAUAGAAUCUCAUCACAACGCCUCUACUAACAGGGGAUACUCCAGGAAGCACGACGGGGGAUUCUACUCCACCUAAUAAUACUGUCACACAACUCACUCAGUGGGCGAUGGACAUCACUGAACUUCCAGUGAACUACCCCCUACACAAGAUCAUUACUAUAUUUAAGUAUUCAAGUCGCUGAAACAUCUUAAAAUAUAAGCAUUCCUUAACUUUGA